AACUUUAUACUCCAGAAUUGCAGUGGAGUCUCCUACAGUCUUUGAAGUGUAAGUAGGUACUCUGUGACAAAGGAAGGAACGUGUGUGGGCAGGAGCACGUGUGUCUGUUUUAGGAAGACGUUGCAGAAAUGUCUGAUAGUGAAUCAAAUAUUGAAGAUGUAGAAAGCGACUCUGAUCUGGAGUUGCAAGAAGCAUUUGCAAAGGGACUAGUGAAACCAGGGUUGAAUAUAGUGUCCACUGAGCAGAGGAAACACUAUAAAAAUGAUGUGGCUGAACUUAAAAGGAAGUUGUCAGACAUAAAAUUGAAGCUUGACUGGAUUGAAUGUUUGGAUCUGGUAAAUGGUCAGGCACCCCUUGCACCCGAACUUGCGCUGAAGUUACAAGAAGAAGAGCUGCGGCAUGAAGCGAAGUUUAUGAAAGUUAAAGGAAAGGGUCAGAAGUUGCAGAGUGUCAAAACAGACGAUCUAGCUCUAAAUGAUUUCCGUCGGGAAACGAUGUUCCAUCGCCAAGCACAGGCAGCUGUUCUCAUUGCUAUUCCCAAACUUAAAGAACAGGGUGUGAAGACUAAACGCCCAGAUGAUUACUUUGCUGAAAUGGCAAAGUCAGAUCAACACAUGCAGAAGGUACGAGAUGUUAUGAUGAAGAAACAGCAUGCACAAGAACGCAGUGAACGUGUACGUCAACUGCGUCAGCUCCGUAAGGUUGGAAAGCAGGUUCAGAAAGAGGCUAAGGUCCGCCAAGCUAGUGAAAAAAGGCAACUGUUGGAAGAAGUGAAGAAGUACAGAAAAGGACUGCGUACAGAUCUGGACUUCUUGGAGGAGAAAAAGAAAAAGCAGAAACCAUCAGCUUCUCAAGGAAAUAGGAAGGGGCCUGUAAAUAAAAAGGUUCAAGGAAAACGUCGAUAUAAAGACCAAAAGUUUGGGUAUGGUGGAAAGAAAAAGGGAAUGAAGAGAAAUACAAAGAACAGUAGUUCAGACGUUUCCGAGUUCAAACGGCCAAGCAAACUAAAACGUCCCGGAGCUGCACAAAAGCAUCAACGACCAGGGAAAAACAGACGCUUAAAAAUGAAAGCUGGAAAGAAGUAAUUUUUUCAGUUACAAUCAUCUAAAUGAAGGUACUAUCACACUGUUCACUUGAAGAAGAACUCUGUAGUUAGAAUAGCCAGUGCUGUCAAUCAUCUGAAUUUUAAAACCCUUCUGUUCCUUCCGUCCUUUAUCUGGUUAUUGCUGGGAGGACAGUAUACUGCAUAAAGUAAUUUUUUCCCACUGCUUUGUUCUGGCUAGGCAGGCAUAUACAGUUUAGUAGUACAUAAUGUAAUUUAGUUGGUAAUUACAAGCCUUAUAAUGUGACACCGCAGCAGUAAAUAAGUGAAUGGAUUCAGGUGGCUAUCUUCUGGGUUGCACCAUGUAGUCUGGUAAAAGUACAGACAUUUCAGACAUGCUUAGCGCCUCCAUCACGUGAUGAGAUUUUCCUGAUGAUAGAGGCUGCCAGCACUUCUGAAAUUUCGGUGAACUUUACCAGACUACAUGGCGCGACAGUCUACAUACUCACCACCACAGGAACCAAUUUAAUGUUGAAUAUAAAUAAGUCACUGUUUCUUGCAGUGUGGUAAUGAUUUUGUGUCAUUUAAGAGAUUAUCCUUAUUAUGGCAUUUAUCAUAAUCUGAUUGCAGUUGUGUUCAAGAAUUGCAUUAUUUCUGAAGCCACUUUCUGGUAUAAUCAAAGUUCAGUCGUCGUUUUUGUUGUAGGCUACAACACCUUGUGAAUAAAGUUUUAUGUUUAUCA